GCAUUUCUAAUUGCCUAUGGAAUGCUUUAUUUUGUAGAGGUCCUGCUUGAAGCUUUGUUCCUCACUGUGGAUCCUUACAUGAGAAUAGCAUCCAAAAGAUUGAAUGAGGGUGACACAAUGAUGGGGCAGCAAGUGGCCAGAGUUGUGGAAAGUAAAAACUCAGCCUUCCCAAAAGGAACUAUCGUAGCGGCUUUUUUGGGCUGGACAAGCCACUCCAUUUCUGAUGGGAAAGAUCUGGAAAAGCUGCCGAAAGAGUGGCCAGAUUCGAUACCACUGUCGUUGGCUCUGGGGACAGUCGGCAUGACAGGCAUAACUGCCUACUUUGGCCUACUUGAGAUCUGCGGUGUGAAGGGUGGAGAAACAGUGAUGGUGAAUGCAGCAGCAGGAGCAGUGGGCUCUGUAGUGGGGCAGAUAGCGAAGCUCAAGGGCUGCAAAGUUGUUGGAGCAGCAGGGUCUGAUGACAAGGUUGCCUACCUUAAAAAGCUUGGAUUUGAUGUUGCCUUUAACUAUAAGACAAUAGAGUCUUUGAAAGAAACUUUGAAAAAAGCCUCUCCUGAUGGUUAUGAUUGUUAUUUUGAUAAUGUAGGUGGAGAGUUUUCAAACACCGUUAUCCCCCAGAUGAAGACAUUUGGAAGAAUUGCCAUAUGUGGGGCCAUCUCUACAUAUAAUGGUACUGGCGUACUUCCACCAGGACCACCCCCAGAGAUUGUUAUCUAUCAGCAACUCCGCAUGGAAGGGUUCCUCGCCACCCGCUGGCAAGGAGAUGUCCGCCAGAAAGCUCUGAAGGACUUGAUGAACUGGGUCUUGGAGGGUAAAAUCCAGUACCAUGAAUAUGUCACUGAAGGAUUUGAAAACAUGCCAGCUGCAUUUAUGGGAAUGCUGAAAGGAGAUAAUUUGGGGAAAACAAUAGUGAAAGCAUGAAAAAAAAAAGACACGUGGAAUCUGGAGAUCAUUUGGAUGAUUACUUAAUCUGUUUUUCAACAUUUUAGCACAAAUGUAUACUGCCUUAAUUAUCCAAGAAAGAGUAACUGUAGUGAUUUGACUUACCUAAUAAAAUACAUUUAAGUGGUAUGUAAUUGGUGACAGAGAACGAAAAUUUCAUAGUGAACAGCAACCAGUCACCUGACUGCCUACUACAUCUCCUUCCGGGUUAUUGUAGAAAAUAAUGGCUUUGGAAUCUGACAGUUUACUGCCUCUGUGACCUUGGACUUCUGAUUUUUCAUCUUUAAAGUGAGGAUAAUAUCUGCUUCAUAUACACGUUAUACAUUUAUUUAAAACACCAGCGUAAUGCCUGCCAUUUUUAGGUACUUAAUAAGUAUUGGUUAGCCUCCUGCCGAUACCAGUGAAUUUGAAUCAUAAGAUUACCACCCCUGUUGCUUGCAAUUAUACCAAAAGAAAGAAUCAUUUCUGGUGUACAGGGGUCUCAGGGCCAGCCCACACUGGUCCUCUGUAGGUGAGUGUAAUAAUGUAACAGACCAAAGAAGGAAUCUAUCAUUCCAACAGUUACAAAAAAGAUAACACCUGGGAAAAUUUAUACACCUACAAAAAAAAGUGCAAAAUUUAUAUGAAGAAAGCUUUAAAGCAUUACUGAGGAACAUAAAAGAAGACUUAAAAUAUAUGGAAAGGUACCAAGGUCUUGGACAGGAAGAUUCAAUAUCAAUUAGAAAGUUGUUAAUUCUGUUGAUCUGUUCAAUUUUGCCACCACAGAGAGUUCAAUAAAUUGUAUAAUGAACCAAUGGGGGGGAGGAAGAGUAUCUGUAUAAAAACUCUGGAAAGAUGUAAUAAACUACUAGUAUGGUUUGUCUUUAA